AUGGAGCACAAAUUAGUUUGGCUGACCGGCUUCGGGCCUUUCGAAGGAGCUGUCGUGAACAGCAGUUGGGUAGGAGUCAAACACAUGCCGACGCGGGGCAUCAAGAACAAGUACGGAGCUGUUGUGGUGAAACAGCAGCUCCCUGUGAAGUAUGGCUUCGUGGACUAUCGCGUACCUCGGAAGUGGAGACAAUUGCGACCAGAUUUGGCUGUACACGUCGGUGUGUCAGGCGCGGUAGACUGCUUCACGUUGGAAUCACAAGCGUACAAGUCCGGCUACAUGUACCCGGACGUGGACGCAAGGACUCCCCGCCACGGUGUAAACAGAGCUCCUGGACCAGACGUGCUUCGUACGGCGCUGGACGUUGAGGCUAUCUGCAAGGAGUUCAACGAACUCAAGCUGGAUGGAGGCUCUCUGGAGGCGACAGUGUCUAGUGAUCCUGGCAGAUAUCUCUGCGGCUACAUAUACUACACGUCCCUCAGCCACGGCGGCCCUCGGAGCACUCUGUUCGUGCACGUCCCUCCGGACAGGUACACGCGCCACCAGCUCGCUGCCGGACUGAACUACAUCGUGCAACUGGCUCUCGCGCAAAUAUGA